CUCCAUUCGAAAAAUAUAAUCAACUGCAGAUCAUGUUGAUCGUGAACUUGGAUAUACCGCUGAAGUCACUACAUCGCGUUACUAGGGUUCUGGCCGUGGAAAGACCGCGCUUGGAAGUUUGCUUGAAUUACGAUUCUAUAGGCCGCUGGAUGAAUGCAUUUCGAAUAGGUUAUAGACUCGUGUCUCAUAAACAAAGGCAUGGAGAGAUAAAAACCCAGGAAAGGUUCGCGAGUCGACCGAGCGCUAUCGAAAGGGCCAUAUGAAGGAACAUAACGAACGCCACAAAGCUUGGGUUGCAGUAAGUCGAUAGAAUUUGCUCUAUGUAGGCAAACUUGCCCAUACACUUCAACUGACGCUGGUAUGAAGAAAACCCCAGGAAAGAUGAAGGCGUUUCAGAAAAAGCAUAAUGAGAGCUAGCUGAUGACUCUCAAAGUCAACAUGCGCAAUUAAGUGGCGAAGCCAAGCCUCAUAUCAGCGAUAACGACAAUGAUUCCCAGUUUGACCUUGAUUCAAUUGAGUUGUGCGAAACUGAACCUGGUGAUUACAGCUUGGGCUCAAAAAGACCUUCCCAUGACUACUGGGAGACCACUA